GGCAGUGCUGGCGGCAGAGGACAUGGCAGUGGCCUACAACCCCACUGGCGGCUCGGACACUCUCAAAACGGUGGCUGGGGUGGCCUACAUUGGCGUGGUCAUCUUCUUCUUCCUGCGCCUGUUCCAGCGCAGGGCACAAAAGGCGACGUCCGAGCGGAUAGCCUCAGUAGCGGAUGUGGCUGCCUAUGGUGGGGGCGCGGACAGUGACGAUGAGGAGGACGAGGAGGAGCAGAAGGCCAAGCAGCAGCAGGCAGCUACAGAGGUUACCCCACUGCAGUCCUUCAUAGGCACAGCGCAGGCAGGCGUCAUCUGCUAUUUGCUCUUUCAAGCCAGCACCGCCGUGGACGCCUACUUCGACCGCCAGAAUCUGCCUGACAUCACCACGCAGUACACGGCUCACAACGUCGCGGUGCUGGUGCAGACGGUGUGCCGGGGGCUUGUCUACCUCAUCACAUUCAUCUUUGGUGCCAAUGCUUUAGGCCUAGCCGGCCUCACCAUCCAGCUGCUACUGUUCCCUGAAUCAGGGCGGGAGGAAGGCGGCACCGGCAAGCGCGCGCCGCAGCUGCCCAAGGUGUCAGUCACGGACGACGUGUUUGCGCUGCGGCGAGCCUUCCAGGAGGCGGAGCGCAUGGGGCAGCAGCAGGCGCAGAAAGAGAUCCGGAAGGCACAGCAGUCGGGAGACGAGUCAGACUAGGCAUCUCCUGGCUGACCCUUUGGCGUGGCGUGUUCCCCCAACACCUGACUUGUUAUCAUUGGAUCUGGGAUGUUUGCUGUUUUAUACAUUGAGAG